AUGUGGGAAAAGGCCAAAGCAGCGUACGACCACUUGCUCUCAACAGAAACUCCUUCUCCUAAGGAUCUGGCAGCAAUAAAGAAGAGAAAUAAAAUAUGUUACCACACAUAUUUGCGCGGCAUGUCGACGAUGGCUGACCUCUCUGCGAGGCUGGAAAAGGCAGACCGGGAAGGCGAAGAGCUUGCAGUACGCGAACUUAACAUUCACCUUCCACCGUGCGAUACGGACAUUUUCAAAGGUGACUACGUAUCUUGGCCAACAUUCCGCGAUAUGUUCACGGCCAUUUACAUAUUAAAUAAACGCCUCACCCCGGUCGAAAAGCUGUUCCACCUCAACCAAAAAACACAGGGUGAAGCCAGAGACAUUGUCAGGAAAUGCCCGCUCACUAAUGACGGGUUUGCUACAGCGUGGAAAAAUCUCUGCGAAAGGUACGAAAACAAACGGAUUCUGGUGAACACGCAGCUGAAGAUCCUGUUUAACCUACAGACAAUCGAAACUGAAUGUGGCAGUUCGAUAAAAAAACUCCAACGUGACAUUAAUAAUUGCAUUUCCUCCUUACAGAACCACCAAAUAGAUAUUUCGAACUGGGAUGCAAUUAUUACUUAUUUAUGCUCCACGAAAUUGCCAGAAAGUACUCUAUCGCUUUGGGAACAAACGAUAGAGAACAAAUCUGAAAUUUCAAAGUGGACAGAUAUGGACAAAUUCCUUUCCAACAGGUUUCAGACACUUGAAACAGUGUCAGGCUUAAAAGGAAUUAAAGCCUACAAAGCGCCCAAGGCGCAAAUCUUACAACACCAUACGGAAACUACACCAAGAAGGAUGGGUAACUUUCAGGUAAGUGUCGCCAAACAUAUGUGCAAAUUAUGUGUCACUGACGACCACAAAUUGCAAAGUUGCCCGAAGUUCCGGAAAUUAAAGGUCACCGAUCGCAUCGCGUGCGUCAAGAGCAACAACUGUUGCUUGAACUGCCUGUCGUCAGGACAUACGGUGUCGAGAUGUACGAGCUCAUAUAACUGCAGCACAUGUCACUCAAGACACAACACGCUCCUGCACAUUACAGCCGUUCAAACAAAAGCAGCAGCUCUUAAGGAAAGCAGAGAUCCCGCUGAUGACCUGCCCUCAACAUCCAAGGAGGCCCUAAAACGCCUCGACUCUAAUAGGCCAAAGGAUAGCAGAACACAAAAUUUUAAAUCGUGCUAUUCCAAUACGGACAAGGGGGUUCUACUAGGAACAGCCAUGGUUAAUAUAUUCCAUAAUAAUGUAAAUUUUGCAGCACGAGCUCUGAUCGAUUCUGGUUCUGAGUGUUCGUUCAUCACUGAACGCCUCAAACGUAGAAUCAACCUGCCAUCUAAACGCUUGCAUGCCCAAGUCUCGGGCAUCAACAAUUCGAUAUCUGCGCAGGUAAGCCAAGCGUGCUCAUUACAACUGCGGUCGCCUAUCGACCCUUUUGUAAAAAUAAACACAAUUGCGCUAGUUUUGCCGCAAUUAACUGGAAAUCUGCCAACUUGCCUAGUAAGCGCAAUGACAAGGCAAGCAUUUCCAGAUCUCACAUUGGCGGAUAAGAGGUUCUUCGUCAAUGAACCAGUGGACCUUGUCCUUGGCGGAGACAUUUAUCCCCAAAUUAUUUUAAGCGGCUUGAAGAAAAAUGUACUAAGUACACUUCUUGCCCAAGAGACUGUAUUCGGGUGGAUACUAACUGGUCGAGCCGAAACGGUCAACCCACCCAAAACAAAAAUAAUUUCUCUUUUCAGCGAAGUCACAUUGGACAAGCAACUAGCUGCCUUUUGGGAAUUAGAAGACAUCCCAAAAAAGGAAAGACAGACUGAAGAUGACUUGUAUUGCGAGGAAUUAUAUCGGACCACUACGCAGCGCAACCAAGAUGGAAAGUAUGUCGUCACCUUACCCUUCAAACGGGAUUUUCCAUCAACCAUCAAGCUGGGACCAUCACUCAAGAGCGCCUGCUCUCAAUUCUUCCGGAAGGAGACGCGUCUCGCGAAAAAUCCGUCCCUGCAAAAAGAAUAUAAUAGAGUGGUGGCAGAAUAUGAAACGCUAGGUCAUAUGGAGAAAAUCACAACCAACAUACCUGCAGAUGCAACUGACCACUACUUCCUACCUCAUCACGCCGUCAUGAAGGAUGAGAGCACCUCCACCAAAGUGCGCGUGGUAUUUAACGCCUCAUGCCCGACUGCCAAUGGAUUGAGCCUCAACGACGUCCUUCAUCCAGGUCCGGUAUUGCAAGCAGAUAUGACUGUCCUGAUCCUCCGCUGGCGAUUAUACAAGUAUGUCUUCAACAGCGAUAUUGAGAAGAUGUACCGUCAGAUAAUGGUAAGCAAUACACAUACCAAAUAUCAGCGAAUAGUUUUUCGCACUUGCCCGAAAGACCCAAUCAGUCUAUACGAAUUAAAGACUGUUACUUUCGGCAUAAAUUGUGCUCCUUAUCUUGCGAUAAGGACAUUACUUCAAUUAGCUGAUGAUGUUGAAAAUUCCUUUCCAACAGCAUCAAACAUACUUCGGAAAUGCAUGUAUGUUGACGACGUUCUUGCCGGUGGCCAUAGCAUCGACUCUGCAAUAACAGCCAGAGACGAAAUUACGCAAGUUUUGCAGUCCGCUGGAUUUCCAUUGCGAAAAUGGACUUCCAACUGCAACGAUAUUCUAAAGGGCAUCCCAAAAGCCCAUUUACUCAAUGAAGAUUUUUUAGAUUUCGAAGACACUAGUUCGGUAAAGGCACUUGGCAUAAGAUGGAAUGCUCAUUGCGACCAUUUUUAUUUUAUGACAAAGCCAAUAAAAAACCACGAUGUUCUUACGAAAAGAGAAAUCCUCUCGGCAAUCGCCAAACUUUUUGAUCCACUAGGGUGGCUCGCCCCAAUAAUAAUUACCGCCAAGAUUAUUAUGCAAAACAUUUGGUUAGAAGGUACUGAUUGGGACGACACCGUAUCUGCGGUCACAUUAAACCGCUGGCAGACAUUUAUGCAGAACUAUGGGGAAAUUGACAAUAUCCGCAUACCUCGUUGGGUGCACUAUUCACCAGCAGACGACGCCGAAAUCCAUGGGUUCUGCGACGCUUCGGAAAAGGCAUAUGCGGCUGCUGUCUACUUGCGUGUGAAGAAACGGGAUCAAGUAUACCUCAACCUACUCCUCGCGAAAACCAGAGUGGCACCUGUUAAGACGAUAUCCCUUCCACGUUUGGAAUUAUGUGGUGCCGUCCUAUUAGCGGAUAUCAUAGAAACGGUUACGGAAAAUCUCAACCUAGCACACCUGGAUGUUCAUCUGUGGACAGAUUCGACAAUCGUCCUCGCAUGGAUUCGAAAACCGCCCUGCUCGUGGUCAACCUUUGUGGCACAUCGGGUAACCAAAAUAGUGGAAAAGGUAGGCAACAAUAACUGGCGUCAUGUGGACUCGGCAUCAAAUCCAGCAGAUUUAGCAAGCAGAGGACUUCCGGCCAAGGAACUGGUUCAUAAUUCUUUGUGGUGGCAGGGUCCUUCUUACCUACAAGAAGACAAAUCACGAUGGCCGACAUCAGAAUGUGAUUAUCAAACAACGAUGGAAGAGAAAAAGGUAAAGGCAUUAACAUGGCACUUCAUACCUGCAGCAGCCCCUCAUAUGGGCGGACUGUGGGAAGCAGGUGUGAAAAGCUUCAAAGCCCACUUUAAAAAGACAGCCUCUGGCCUUAAAUACACUUUCGAGGAGUUUAAUACCCUCUUAUGCCGAAUUGAGUCCUGUCUCAAUUCGCGACCCUUAAGUCCCUCUUCAAAUGAGCCAUCCGAUCUAGAGCCUCUCACACCUGGUCACUUUCUGGUUGGCGGACAUCUCUUAGCUCCGCCAGAAAUAGAAACCAGCGGGAAUCCUGCCUCAAUAGUCAAUCGGUGGCAGAAAUUGAAAGCACUUCAUCAAACCUUUUGCAAACGAUGGAAAAGGGAAUUUCUCAUCGAAUUGCAAAAACGCACGAAGUGGAAACUCCAAAAACCUAAUAUCAAGGUAGGGGACCUUGUCGUAAUUAAAGAGGACAACCUACCACCAAACGAGUGGAGAAUGGGACGAGUAGUAAAAUUACAUCCUGGACCCGACAAUCAGGUACGCGUCGUGGACAUCACGACACAAAGGGGACAGGUGACUAGACCAUUAGUCAAAUUGGUCCUACUUCCACCUUGCCCAGAUGAAACGGAAAAAUCCACACCUACAACCUCAACGUAA